CUAACCGCUUGCCCGAUCAGUCGACCGACGACACCGCUACUGUCCGUGUUCCGCCGCGUGUACGUGAUGAUAAUAUAAUAUUGUUACUGUUGCAAUAAAAUAAUAUAAUAUUAUCUGUUCGCCGUUUCGCCGAUCGAAGUGUACCCAUCACCGUAAUACUAUAACGCAUUCGCCGGUGUCGCAAUCGAUCGCGUGUGCGCUUUUACGCUUAUAAUAUUGUAAUAAACGAACAUUUUUUUUUCUCGAGCUUCCUCUGAUUUAAUAUUUUUUAAUAUUUUAAUACAUCAACUCUGUUCGUCGUUUAUCGCCGUGCACUAAAUAUCAAAAUCGAGAUUAAUCGUUUUAUGAAUUCGCGCGCAUCUUCCGCUGCGGUCUGCCGGUGGUAGGUAAGCCGCGCGCGUUGAAUGCGCUUUACAAACGGUUCGUGCGGACACACAUGCUAGAACAGACCGGAGCAGCAAAUAUGACAGUCUUAGCGCUCAACCAUCUGUUGCCGCCGCCGCCGACGCCGUCCGCCAACAACGGCGGUCCGCAACCACAACAGCAACAGCAGCAGCAACAACAGCAACGAGCGGCCGCCGGAGCUGACGGCAACGGCGCCGACGACGUGCAGCAAAACGGCAAGACGUCGCGUAUGAUGACGGGCGCGGCCGCGGCCACCAACAUGUCGACGGCGUUGAUGAUGGGUGGCGGGCCGCCGACGGGCCACCACCACCACCAUCACCACCACAGCCACAACCACCAUAUCAAUCAAUUGCACAACAACAACAACAACAACAACGACGACACGGCCAGCAGCCCGCGGUCAUCCGUCGUCGCGGCCGCCCGGCCGUCCGGUCACAUCAAGUUCAGCGUGGCCGCCCUGUUGGCCGACACCAGGCCCGUCCGGUCACCGACGCCUGGUUCCGUGUACGACGACGACAUGGACACGCCGGACGACGACGAGGACGACCGCAACAGCGUGGACGUGGAGACGACCGACGGCGGCGUCGCGGUCGGCCGGCGGUGUUCGUCCAGCACGCCGGACCGCGGCCGCUCGCCGAUGCCGCUUCACACUUCGUCACCGCCGCUGUCGCAUCACCAGCACCACGGCGGCCACCCGUUCCAGCAGCCCGGCGGGUCCAUGGCAGCUCGCGCGGCGUUCAUGAUGUCCGGCGGCGGUGCGUCCGUCCCCGGCGGCGGUGGACACCAUCACCAUCCCGUCGCGCCCGUCCGGCCGACACCGUUCACGGCGUUCGCCGCGGCCGCCGCGGCCGCCUACUCGGCCGCCGGCAUGCAGCACCCCGCCGCCCCCGGAGCAUGGCACCCGCAUUACGCCGGUGCGUUCCCCGGCUUCGGUUCCACCGGUCUCAAUUCCGGAUCACCCGAUUCCAACAACGGCGAACCGCCCAAACUCAAGUGCAACCUGCGGAAGCACAAGCCGAACAGGAAGCCCCGGACGCCGUUCACCACUCAACAGUUGUUGAACCUGGAGAAAAAGUUCCGGGAAAAACAGUACCUGAGCAUCGCCGAACGGGCCGAGUUUUCCAAUUCGCUACACCUGACCGAAACACAGGUGAAAAUAUGGUUCCAAAACCGGAGAGCCAAAGCCAAGCGGCUGCAAGAGGCCGAGAUCGAGAAGCUGAAGAUGGCCGCGGUGGCCGCGGCCAGGCCGCACCACCCGCUGUACGGCAACCCGCACCUGCCGCACUACUUCCAACACCCGUCCGAGCUGUUCGGCCACCCGCACCAACUGCAGUCGCUCCUGUCGCACCGGCCCACCAUGGCGCACCUAAUCGCCCAAGGCCUGCAACAGCAACAGCAGCAGCAACAGCAACAACAGCAGCAGCAGCAGCAGCAACAGCAACAGGGCCCGCCGCCGACGCACCAGCCGGCCGGCGGACAGGUACAGCAGACUCACACGCCGCCCGCGCGCUCGUCGAUGUCGCCCGUCGGUCGGCGGUCCGUCACCCCCGCGUCGCCCACCCCGUCGAUGGGCGGCGGGGGCCCGGGGUCCACCACGAGCGUCUAGUGCGGUCCCCGCGCACUGCAAAACGGUAUUUAAAGACUAUGCGCGCCGCGUAUCUAUCUCGUUCUAUUUUAUUAUUAUACAUAAUAUUAUUGUAAUAUGUUAUUAUAUUGUAUAAAUCAUUCUCUUAUACAAUUAUUAUUAAUUAUUAUCAUUAUUAUUAUAAUUACUACUAUCAUUGUACAUGGAAACUAGUCACCCGCAAACAAAAAAAAAAAAAAACCAAAAACGAACCGUCGUCGCCGCGAACGGAUAAUAAUUAUAACCCGAGAGAGAGAAUAAUAUAAUAAUUAUUUGUUCGCCAACAUAUUAUAUAUGCUGCCACCUGCAUCAUAUUGCAAUCAUUGAAUGUCGAGAAUUUUUUUAUCAUGAUAUUUAUUAAAAAAUUGUCGUCUUAACGAGCUCCUCUCUGUUUUGUACGCAUAUAUAACGCCGUCAUAACUCGCCGCUACGGGUACACGCAUAUAUGCCCCCCGCCGCCCCGAGGGAUGGUUUUAUUUUUUUAUUUUAUUUUUCGACCACACAUUCUGUUUAAACGUAGGUACCUAUAUUUAACACUAUCAUCAUCAUACAAUUAUUAUUGUUUACGUGUUGUUUAUUGUGAUAAGACUUUUUUCGGACUCGUCGGAUAUUGCAAUGUAUACCUAAUAACUUAUGUUAUUUUGUUCGACGGGAACCGCGCGCAUCAUUAUCUAUACACGCAUAAUAUUCAUUUUGUUUGUUUGUUGUACAAUUAUCUUAUAUUUCUCGCCCGAAGCGAAAAUAUACACUUAUACAUAUAAUACCUACAUAUAUAUAUAUAUAUA